AUGUAUAUCAACGGUUCAAAGUAUGCUUGUUCAAGUUGUAUCAAGGGUCAUCGGUCUUCUCAAUGUAAUCAUGCUGAUAGGCCCUUAAUUGAGAUACGUAAAAAAGGAAGGCCAAUUACACAAUGCAGUUUUUGUAGAGAUCUACGCAAAAAACAUCAAGUACAUAUCAAAUGUGUAUGUAAUGGUCAUGAUAAAAGAGGUAAAUUUGUAUAA